UCCAAUUCAAGACCAGCGGUCAAAUUGGGCGAAGUGGGAUACAAUGAGGUAGUAAACUGUUUACGGAGCACCUGGUGAGAGGUGGGUUUUUAGCACGACGGGCGAUAUGUUUCUGUCGAGCCGCAGCGGCCGAAAGGGGCCCAUCGCCUGUCUGGUGGGCCUCCUCCUCAUCUUCGCUCUUUAUCAGCUGGGUAUUAUUUGCGGCUCCACCAACUACAUGCCUACGGCCAUGAUGGUCAGCAAAGAGAAAUACGUGAUCGGGCCGUUUGAUCGCAAGACCUACACGUACGACCGUUACAUGCCGCUUAUUUUCAUCGGUGGUGUACCACGAUCAGGUACGACCCUAAUGCGUGCUAUGCUGGACGCGCAUCCUGACGUGAGAUGCGGACAAGAGACCAGGGUUAUACCAAGGAUUCUCCAGAUGAAGAUGCACUGGUCCAAGUCCGAGAAGGAAAACGUACGGCUCACUGAAGCGGGGAUCUCGAAAGAGGUGAUAGACAGCGCGAUAGCGGCGUUCUGCUUAGAAAUAAUAGCACGACACGCCGAGCCCGCGCCAAGGUUGUGCAACAAGGAUCCACUCACCCUGAAGAUGGGCUCGUACAUCCUCGAGCUCUUCCCGAACGCAAAAUUUAUAUUCAUGGUGCGCGACGGACGCGCGACGGUGCAUUCCAUCAUAUCCAGGAAGGUCACCAUAACGGGAUUCGAUUUAACGUCGUACCGGCAGUCUCUCAUCAGGUGGAAUCACGCAAUUUCUGUAAUGUACGGUCAAUGCAAGGAACUAGGACCUGAAAGAUGUCUGAUGGUCCCUUACGAGCAGCUGGUGCUACACCCACGCCAAUGGAUGAAGAAGAUAUUAAACUAUCUGGACGUGCCGUGGAACGAGUCUGUUAUGCAUCACGAGGAAUUCAUUAACAAACCCGGCGGAGUGCCUCUGAGCAAGGUCGAGAGGUCAUCGGACCAAAUCAUAAAGCCUGUAAAUCUGGCGGCGCUGACCAAAUGGGUCGGUAACAUUCCCGAGGACGUGGUGAGAGAGAUGGCAGACAUCGCGCCAAUGCUCUCCGUACUCGGCUACGAUCCUUACGCGAAUCCACCCGUUUAUGGCGCACCGGACAGUUUAGUUAGCGACAACACCAGACGAGUGCUGGCUGGUGAAAAACUCUGGGAGGAGAAGGCACGAGCGUAUCAUCUAUCGCAUAGGCCAAUCGAGAACAGCAACGAGGAAGCUGCUUCCAGCACAGCCCCAGUCGCGUGACCCCGCGUGAUACUCGUAGACACGAACGACACGUAACCGACUACUAACCUAAGUCCCAUCGAUUGAGGAUUCCCGUGUACGGAGAGACCACCCUGUUGUACUUUCAAAGUAAACUCGGUCUCACACGACUGCGAGUCGCGUCGUGAAUUAAUCGCUCUUGUCGUAUUUUCUCAGUCUCCGUUAUCGCAUCGCAACGACGAUAAUUUAAUCGAUCAUUCCUCGCGACGCUUAUUUAUUCGCAUCAGGAUCGCGCUUCACGAAGUCAGAUGACGUAAUGUACUAAACCGCGACUAGAAAAUAGAAUGCACCGAAAAUAAGCGGUCAAAGGUUGAGAGACGAACGUUAUAUUUGACGCAGUUCAUUAAGUAUCGAUGUCAAGCGUUCCUUCUGCGAUACUCUCUUAUAAAAGAAGCGCAAGGUUCAUUCUAAGAUGAAAUUUCUAAGAAUUUUCUCAGCGUUCUUGCUAUAUUCCACUGCAGACGAAAACUGUGGGAGCAAAUAUCUAUAACUAUGAGAAAGAGAGAAAC